UUUGCAGCAUGUGAUGAGUGGACAGUUCUUCCAAAUCCUAGUCUUCACCGGGACAUCAACCGUUUUGGACACACAGCUGUUGUCAAUAAUGGAUCCAUGUAUAUUUUUGGUGGUUUCUCUGGUGUGAUCCAGAACGAUGUGCUGGUGUUUAAGCCUGCCAGCUGUGAGGCCUUCAUCAGGGAGGAUGUUUGUCAGAGUGCCGGUCCUGGAGUUCGCUGUCUCUGGAUUGAAAAUCGCUGUGAACCCUGGGACUCCAGUCAUGCUAAUGACAGUGUGCCUGCCUCCUUCUGCCCUGCACGCACCAAUGCAGCUGAUAAGCAGUGUCAGCAGUUUUCUGACUGUGCUUCCUGUACGGCCAACACCAAUGACUGUCAAUGGUGCGAAGACAAGAAAUGCAUCUCAUCUUCGAGCAACUGCACUGUGCUUACAGUUGAGCUUGCUCGCCACCCUCGUGGUCCGCUGUACCUCAAUCCUCCCCCUGCUAUGUUGUCUGAACACCAGCUCUCUAUUUGGAAACCCGGUGUGCGCAAAAACGGCCAGUCUAUCAAGAACCAUACCAAAUGUAGCAUUCGAAGUGAGCAGGUCUGUAGCAAACUGGUGAACUGCAGGAGUUGUUCGCUUAACAUUAACUGCCAGUGGGAGCCACAACAGCAGGAAUGUCAUGCUUUACCUGCUCAUUUGUGCGGUGAGGACUGGAGUCAGGUUGGAGAUGUGUGUCUGAGGCUGAACGCCAGCAAGGAGAGUUAUGAUAACGCCCAGCACUACUGUAAGAACCUGGAGGGCAGCAUCGCCUCUCUGACAUCAGCCAGACAGGUGGAGUUCAUCCUGGAGGAGCUGCAGAAGUAUCAGCUGCAGGAGCGGAAACUAACUCCCUGGGUGGGUCUGAGGAAGAUAAAUGUUUCAUACUGGGGGUGGGAGGACGCGUCUCCCUUUACUGCCAGCACACUGCAGUGGUUACCAGGAGAGCCGAGUGACUCAGGGUUUUGUGCUUACCUGGAAAGAGCUGAGGUAGCCGGACUCAAAGCCAAACCCUGCACUGCCAACACCGAGGGGCUGAUCUGUGAGAAGCCCAUUGUGAGUCCAAACCUUAGCGUGCGUCCAUGUAAGAUGCCCUGUGCCCUGCGAACCACCUGCGCCAACUGCACCAGCCAGGCCAUGGAGUGCAUGUGGUGCAGCAGCACUAAACGCUGUGUGGAUUCCAACGCGUAUGUGAUCUCCUUCCCCUACGGCCAGUGUCUGGAGUGGCAGACUGGAGACUGUGGAGCUCAGAACUGUUCGGGUCAUCGCACAUGUGGCCAGUGUCUGGAACAGCCUGAUUGUGGCUGGUGUGGAGACCCCACAGACACAGGACAGGGCCAGUGCAUUGAGGGAUCAUACCGUGGGCCAAUGAGGAGCCUCAGCAGACAGAGCCGAGAGAGAGUACUCGACACCAGUGUCUGUUCUAGGGAAAAAGGCUUCGACUGGGCCUACAUAACCUGCCCAGCAUGCCAGUGUAAUGGACACAGUACGUGUGUUAAUGGCAGCGUAUGUGAGCAGUGCAAGAAUCUUACAGCUGGGCUGCAUUGCCAGUUCUGUUUACCUGGUUAUUAUGGAGACCCCACUAAUGGAGGGAAAUGCCAAGCCUGCAGAUGUAACAACCAUGCCAACGUCUGCCACUCCAGCUCAGGGAAAUGCUACUGUACCACUAAAGGGGUCAAAGGAGACCAGUGCCAGCUAUGUGAUUCUGAAAAUCGCUAUCUUGGCAACCCACUAAGAGGAACAUGUUACUAUAAUCUACUGAUAGACUACCAGUUCACCUUCAGUCUGCUUCAGGAAGACGAUCAGCACUACACUGGUAUUAACUUCAUGGCAAAUCCAGAAGAGACCAAUAAGAACCUCGAUAUGUCAAUAAAUGCAUCUAACAAUUUCAACCUCAACAUUACAUGGUCCAUCGGUUCAACAGCAGGUACGAUCUCCGGGGAGGAAUUCCCUAUAGUGUCCAAGACUAACAUCAAAGAGUACAGAGACAGUUUCUCCUGCGAGACCUUCUCCUUUCUGGCAAAUCCCAAUAUCACUUUUCAUGUGUAUGUCAGCAACUUCUCAUGGCCAGUCAAAAUACAGAUAUCCUUCUCCCAGCACAGCAGCAUCAUGGACCUGGUGCAGUUCUUUGUCACAUUUUUCAGCUGUUUCCUGUCCCUGCUGUUGGUUGCGGCUGUGGUUUGGAAAGUCAAACAGACGUGCUGGGCAUCACGCAGGAGAGAGCAACUAAUGCGAGAGCGCCAACAGAUGGCCAGCCGUCCGUUUGCCACUGUCACAGUCGCACUCGAGGCUCCAGAGGAAGAGGAGGAGCUUCUGCAGGGCCAGGCAGAUGCUGGUCCCAUAGCCGUGGAGCCAUGUUCUGGGAAUAGUGCUGCCGUGCAAACAUUGCUGAUGAGUCUUCCACGAGCAUCUUCUGGAGUGUCUCCCCCUGGCCAAUGUGGCAUUACCAUCGCCAGCGCUCUCAUUGAUGCGUCUCAGCAGAGGCCCGGCGACUUCAAAGACAAGGCCUUGAGUCUAAAGAGCCGCAAACAGCAGCAUGCGGUGCACCAGGGAACCUGCGUUUGAAGCAACCGACUGACCCUCUCUUUCUCAUCUUUCUGUUCUUCUCCUUAUCGUCCAGCAGAUGAUGAGAGAGCAGCUCUUGAAGUGUAAAUGACAAAGGAGGGUCAAGACAUUAGUAGUCGUGUGUGGCUCCUCCUGAAUUGCACGCUCCAUAGUGGAGCUCCUAUUCCCUCAGUAUUGCUUGAACCUCUGUGGAGGACAUCUGCAUUUUGAUUGCACACAUUGGCUUCCUGUUUUUCCGACAGCUGUUUCUCAAAAAGGGAGGGAGUGUGUGAAUAAAACUCACUCCAACCCAAAGUAGGAACAGGUUCCAUGCCAGAAUUAAUCAUGCGGUCACGUAUGUCGAGGUACUGAAAAUAAACCUGGCUUUAUACUUUCGAGGUGACAGUGAGUGAUAUGUCUGUUGAUGACUCGGUAUUUACUGUUAACAAUAGUCAGUGAUGAUUGUAUGGUAAGCUUAAUUUUAGAAGUCAGAAUUGGAUUUGUCUUGGAGAACUAUCCCACCAAGCAAUUUUGUGUUUAAAAGACAAUUAAUAGACAUUCAAACAUAGAUAUGUUGAUUAAGAUAAGGCUAUAUUUCAGCUGUCAGUGAAAAUCUAGUAUGGCCCAUUUUCACUGAGCGGUACAGUCGGCAUGGGUCACCCUUAUCAGGCAAAUGGUACUAAAUUUCAGUCAACAUCAUUCUCACUCAAGGAAAUGUCUACAGUAAAGCUGUAUGGGUCGUUCACAUAUCAUAUGAGAAGCACUUCUCACAGAACAGAUGCUUUAUACACAUAAAUACUUGUUAAACAUGAUUUGAUUAUAACUGCAGAUCAAUAAUCGUGCAAAAUAGCCUUCUGCAACGUCUGCGGUUAUAUAAAACAAAUAAAUACAACACAUAUAGCGCAUACAGACCUUACAGUCUCUGAUAUGUUACCAAUUACA